AUGAACAGCAACUCUGCUGGAUCAAAGGUCAGUAUACCAGCGGACUUCAAGCCACUGGUUGACAUUCAUCUUUCUCCUACAUUACAAUUGGCCAUUACCCCAAGACCUGAAACCAUUCCUGAUAAAUCCAAGGCCGGGAAGGCAUUCAGGUAUCUCAGAGAGGCUAAGCUUGGGCUGCUAUGGGAUAGUAUGGUCAACGCCUUCUAUGACAAUGAAGGGCUGAUAGAGUUUGAGUUUUUUGUUAUCAAGUUCCUUCUGAAGAGCGCUCACCCACAUCUGAUAUCCAACAGGAUACAGUCAACUUGUCCUGUCAGCCAAUGCAUCAUCUUUAAGGAGAUCAGUGACAUGUCUGCUUUCAAGAGCCAAUUCCGUUCGUGA